CAGAUAUGUUUACAACCAACUUUUCCCUCAUGAAGAUAAUAAAAGUUCACAAUUUGUUCAUUAAUAGAACUGAAAAAAACUCGUUAAAUAAAUAAAUUAUUAAUUUAUUGAAAAACUCCAUAAAGAAAUUAAAUUUUAGAGGCCCAACUAUAUUAAUUUAUAGAAGUUUAACUAUAUUUUGUGGGAUAAAAAAAUCAGCCUAUUAAACUGGGAGGAAAGAGUUUUUUUUUUUUUUUCAUUUAAUGAAUUUUCUUCAUAUCUCCCUCCUCACAUCAAAGUUUAAAGUUAAGUUUAAACUAGCAAAAUAAAUUCUAAAGACUCACCGACACACACUCACACAGUGGAAAUCGAAAAACAAUAACAACCAGCUGCAUUGAUCAGAUUACAGACCAGAAUCAGAAUUCUCCUCAAAUCUCAAUAAUCCUAUUACUACCACCUUCCCAGAAAUUCCUGAAUGCUUCAUAUUCUCUCCUCCUCAACUACCUCAUAAUUUAAUCGCAAAUCAUUUCCAGCAUUUUGUGAAUUUGUAGAGGUGGGAAUUCAAAAACAACUAUGUACGGGAGGGAUCCGUGGGGUGGGCCGUUGGAGAUCAAUGCCACCGAUUCAGCUACAGAUGAUGAUAGGAGCAGGAAUUUGGGUGAUUUUGAUCGAGCUGCUCUGUCUCGGCCACUAGACGAAACCCAGCAGAGUUGGCUGUUGGGCCCUGGGGAGGAGAAGAAGAAGAAGUAUGUGGAUCUGGGCUGCGUUAUUGUCAGCAGGAAGCUCUUUGUUUGGACUGUUGGAUCGAUUCUUGCUGCCGGUUUGCUAGCUGGGUUCAUCACUUUGAUUGUUAAAACUGUGCCUAGGCAUCACCACCAUGCUCCGCCGCCGGAUAAUUAUACUCAGGCUCUGCAUAAGGCUCUUAUGUUCUUCAAUGCCCAGCGUUCUGGAAAAUUGCCAAAGCAUAAUAAUGUAUCCUGGAGGGGGAAUUCGUGCAUGAAUGAUGGUAAAACUAAUGUUGCACCAGUUAUUAAAGAUCUGGUGGGUGGUUACUAUGAUGCUGGGGAUGCGAUCAAGUUCCAUUUCCCUGGAUCAUUCGCCAUGACCCUUUUAAGUUGGAGUGUGAUUGAAUAUAGUGCAAAGUAUGAAGCUGCAGGGGAGCUCGCACAUGUUAAAGAGAUCAUUAAGUGGGGCACAGAUUACUUCCUCAAGUGUUUCAAUUCUACUGCCGAUACAAUUGAUCAGCUUGCUGCGCAGGUCGGAGUUGGGGAUACAUCCAAAGGAUCAAAUGAGAAUGACCAUUACUGUUGGAUGCGCCCAGAGGACAUUAAUUACGAAAGGCCUGUGCAAAUGUGCCAUAGUUGCUCAGACCUUUCUGCUGAGAUGGCUGCUGCGUUGGCAUCAGCCUCCAUUGUUUUUAAGGAUGAUAAAGUAUACUCGCAAAAACUUGUCCAUGGUGCUAAAGCUCUUUACAAAUUUUCAAGAGAGCAGCGUGGCAGAUAUAGUGCUGGUAUGGAUGCUGAAAAGUUUUAUAAUUCUACCAUGUAUUGGGAUGAAUUCAUCUGGGGUGCGUCCUGGCUUUAUUAUGCCACUGGAAAUGCAACAUAUCUGACACUUGCUACUACACCUGGGCUUGCCAAACAUGCUGGCGCUUUCUGGGGAGGACCGAAUUAUGGUGUAUUUAACUGGGACAGCAAGCUUCCUGGGGCGCAGGUGCUUCUGAGCCGAAUGAGGUUAUUUUUGAGCCCUGGGUAUCCUUAUGAAGAAAUUCUGAGCACAUUCCACAAUCAAACCAGUAUAGUCAUGUGCUCAUACUUACCAUAUUUCACAUCUUUCAACAGGACAAGAGGAGGCCUGAUUCAAUUAAACCAUGGAGAUCCUCAGCCUCUGCAGCAUGCAGUUAAUGCUGCUUUCCUUGCCGCCUUGUUCAGUGACUAUCUUGAAGCUGCUGAUACCCCUGGGUGGUAUUGUGGCCCCAAUUUCUACUCCAUUGAUGUUUUGCGCAAAUUUGCUCAGACACAGAUCAACUAUGUACUUGGUAAAAACCCCAGGAAGAUGAGCUAUCUUGUGGGAUUUGGCAAUCAUUAUCCUAAGCAUGUCCACCACAGGGGGGCAUCAAUCCCCAAGAGUGCCAGGCCUAAUUGUAAUGGAGGAUACAAAUAUAGAGAUUCGUCAAAGCCUAAUCCUAAUAUACUCGUCGGUGCAAUGGUUGGAGGCCCAGACAAGUUUGAUGGCUUCCAUGAUGUUCGCACGAACUACAACUACACAGAGCCAACACUUGCCGGCAAUGCUGGUCUUGUUGCUGCCUUGAUUGCUCUCUCUGGGGAUGGAAGCGAGAAAAUCGACAAGAACACCAUGUUUUCUGCAGUCCCGCCCAUGUUCCCUACUCCUCCGCCACCACCAGCUGCUUGGAGGCCAUAAUCAUGAUCUUACUGAGAGACCAAACCAAAUAAACCAACAUUUGUUCUUUUAUACAUCUAUGAUCUGUAAAUGUUCCUUUGUGCAAUGGUACCUGACCAGGAAAAUUCGAAUACCGUGGAGAUUGAAGUGCAAGAUUACAAGGAAUGAGGAACUUUACAAGAACCUUGAAAAGGAAAGACUACUAAACUGGUUCCGAUAGGAACAAGAUUUGGCCAGAAUAUGAAACAGCAGACACGCAACGGUUUUGUUAUAUUUGGUAACGGUGAUAUAUACCGACAUUAUGUAAAUACGUACUAAGUCAAGAACAUACUCUUUGUAAAACUAAGAAUUCUGAAAGGGAAUCAUAACUUUCUGUUUUCCAUAUCUAUUUUCAAGCAAAAAAAUUGGCG